CCUGUGUCGCUCAGUAAUAAACCAGCACUUGACGAGUCUAGCUGACCGAUAAGACAUCCAAAAUGCGGAAAGAAAAUGGAAGACUCUGGGGAAAGUUACACGAUGGUAAAUUUGAGGUGCGCAGUGUCACCCAAUCCGACCUGGAUGAGGCGCUAGAUGUUCUCAACAGCUCAUUCUUUCUUAAUGAAUCGAUAUGCAUUGCCUGCGAGGUUAAUUUGCCCGACAAUAAUGAACCACGUCUCGAACUGCGUGAGUUGUGUAGAAUAACUGCCCAGGACGGAGUUUCCCUGGUGGUAAAAGAGGUGGAAACCGGUCGAGUGGUUUCGGUUGCCUUUAAUAAAAUGCAGUUUAAGCCAUCGUCUGGCGAGGACCACUUCUUUCUAAAAUUUCGUAAAGAGAGGGUCAAAACUCCUCAGGCCAUGAAACUCUUAGACUUCGUGAUCGAGGUGGACGAAGCAAUUGAUGUUUUUUCCAUGUACAAAAUGGACUGUUUCUGUGAACUGAUGUAUCUUGCCACUCUGCCAAACCAUGAGCGAUUAGGAUUGGGACGCUCAUUGACUCAGUUCACCAUACAGCUAACUAAGGAGCUUUCUUUGGGAAAGGGCCUGGACGAUAUUGACGAAAAACUGCGAUAUAGGCGCCCAGAAGCUGUCACCGCUUUAUGGACAUCGAGUUUCUCCCAGAAGGUGGGCAAAGCCACCGACUUUAAAGUGCUCAACUCGGUUUCCUAUUCGCAAUUCGAAUACAAUGGCAAGCGCUUCGACGAACGCAUUAGCCCUUUGCACAAAUUUUGCGAACAUGUUAUAUAUAAAUUUUAAAAUAAUAAGAUGACAAAUAAAAUCGAACUUAAGCAUUUAUUAUAGCCUUCAAACUUGUUUUCUAAGCAUUUUACCAAAAUUCCUAAACCUGGCGGCAAAA